GCUCUUUGUUGGGUCUGACUCGGAAUAGUGGCACUUCCUCCUUGGCUAGAUUAUUUUUAUCUGGAACUGUUGUCGGUUCUCGAGAUGAUACUACCACCGAAUGUCUGUGUUUCAUUGUCUAGUCCAACCUGUAUUGUGGAUAUUCACAAGGUUCCGGCAAUAGUUUUGCAGGUGCAUCAGAUUUUUGUUUUUGUUUUGGGAGGAAAAGGGAGGGCACGGUGGCCAGGCUUCAUAUUCCUACAAGUGCAUACUUCAAGAUUACUGUACUUACUGUGUUUCCAACAUCUUCUCAUAAAAGGGGAAAGUGUCACAGCCUCAGCCAUGAAGGAAACCAGUCGCGUAGGGCAUGGAGCUGGAGAACUAUGAACAGCCCGUGGUGCUGAGAGAGGACAACUGCCGCAGGCGCCGGAGGAUGAAGCCGCGCAGUGCUGCGACCAGCCUGUCCUCCAUGGAGCUCAUCCCCAUCGAGUUCGUGCUGCCCACCAGCCAGCGCAAAUGCAAGAGCCCCGAAACGGCGCUGCUGCACGUGGCGGGCCACGGCAACGUGGAGCAGAUGAAGGCCCAGGUGUGGCUGCGAGCGCUGGAGACCAGCGUGGCGUCGGACUUCUAUCACCGACUGGGCCCGGACCACUUCCUCCUGCUCUACCAGAAGAAGGGGCAGUGGUACGAGAUCUACGACAAGUACCAGGUGGUGCAGACUCUGGACUGCCUGCGCUACUGGAAGGCCACUCACCGGAGCCCGGGCCAGAUCCACCUGGUGCAGCGGCGCCCGCCCUCUGAGGAGUCGCAGGCCUUCCAGCGGCAGCUCACCGCGCUGAUUGGCUAUGAUGUCACCGACGUCAGCAACGUGCACGACGAUGAGCUGGAGUUCACGCGCCGCGGCCUGGUGACGCCGCGCAUGGCAGAGGUGGCCAGUCGCGACCCCAGGCUCUACGCCAUGCACCCCUGGGUGACGUCCAAGCCCCUCCCGGAGUACCUGUGGAAGAAGAUUGCCAACAACUGCAUCUUCAUCGUCAUUCACCGCAGCACCACCAGCCAGACCAUUAAGGUCUCGCCCGAUGACACCCCUGGCACCAUCCUGCAGAGCUUCUUCACUAAGAUGGCCAAGAAGAAAUCUCUGAUGGAUAUUCCUGAAAGCCAAAGCGAACAGGAUUUUGUGCUGCGCGUCUGUGGCCGGGAUGAGUACCUGGUGGGCGAAACGCCCAUCAAAAACUUCCAGUGGGUGAGGCACUGCCUCAAGAACGGAGAAGAAAUUCACCUGGUACUGGACACGCCUCCAGACCCGGCCCUAGACGAGGUAAGGAAGGAAGAGUGGCCGCUGGUGGAUGACUGCACGGGAGUCACCGGCUACCAUGAGCAGCUGACCAUCCACGGCAAGGACCACGAGAGUGUGUUCACCGUGUCCCUGUGGGACUGCGACCGCAAGUUCAGGGUCAAGAUCAGAGGCAUUGAUAUCCCUGUCCUGCCCCGGAACACCGACCUCACAGUUUUUGUAGAGGCAAACAUCCAGCAUGGGCAGCAAGUCCUUUGCCAAAGGAGAACCAGCCCCAAACCCUUCACAGAGGAGGUGCUCUGGAAUGUGUGGCUUGAGUUCACUAUCAAAAUCAAAGACUUGCCCAAAGGAGCUCUACUGAACCUCCAGAUCUACUGUGGUAAAGCUCCAGCAGUGUCCAGCAAGGCCUCUGCAGAGUCCCCCAGUUCUGAGUCCAAGGGCAAAGUUCAGCUUCUCUAUUAUGUGAACCUGCUGCUGAUAGACCACCGGUUCCUUCUGCGCCGUGGAGAAUACGUUCUCCACAUGUGGCAGAUAUCCGGGAAGGGAGAAGACCAAGGAAGCUUCAAUGCUGACAAACUCACGUCUGCAACUAACCCAGACAAGGAGAACUCAAUGUCCAUCUCCAUUCUUCUGGACAAUUACUGCCACCCGAUAGCCCUGCCUAAGCAUCAGCCCACCCCUGACCCAGAAGGGGACCGGGUUCGAGCAGAAAUGCCCAACCAGCUUCGCAAGCAAUUGGAGGCGAUCAUAGCCACUGAUCCACUUAACCCUCUCACAGCAGAGGACAAAGAAUUGCUCUGGCACUUUAGAUAUGAAAGCCUUAAGCACCCAAAAGCAUAUCCUAAGCUAUUUAGUUCAGUGAAAUGGGGACAGCAAGAAAUUGUGGCCAAAACAUACCAAUUGUUGGCCAGAAGGGAAGUCUGGGAUCAAAGUGCUUUGGAUGUUGGGUUAACAAUGCAGCUCCUGGACUGCAACUUCUCAGAUGAAAAUGUAAGAGCCAUUGCAGUUCAGAAACUGGAGAGCUUGGAGGACGAUGAUGUUCUGCAUUACCUUCUACAGUUGGUGCAGGCAGUGAAAUUUGAACCAUACCAUGAUAGUGCCCUUGCCAGAUUUCUGCUGAAGCGUGGUUUAAGAAACAAAAGAAUUGGUCACUUUUUGUUUUGGUUCUUGAGAAGUGAGAUAGCCCAGUCCAGACACUAUCAGCAGAGGUUCGCCGUGAUUCUGGAAGCCUAUUUGAGGGGCUGUGGCACAGCCAUGCUGCACGACUUUACCCAACAAGUCCAAGUAAUUGAGAUGUUACAAAAAGUCACCCUUGAUAUUAAAUCGCUCUCUGCUGAAAAGUAUGACGUCAGUUCCCAAGUUAUUUCACAACUUAAACAAAAACUUGAAAACCUGCAGAAUUCUCAACUCCCCAAAAGCUUUAGAGUUCCAUAUGAUCCUGGACUGAAAGCAGGAGCGCUGGCAAUUGAAAAAUGUAAAGUAAUGGCCUCCAAGAAAAAACCACUGUGGCUUGAGUUUAAAUGUGCCGAUCCUACAGCCCUAUCAAAUGAAACAAUUGGAAUUAUAUUUAAACAUGGUGAUGAUCUGCGCCAAGACAUGCUUAUUUUACAGAUUCUACGAAUCAUGGAGUCCAUUUGGGAGACUGAAUCUUUGGAUCUGUGCCUCCUGCCAUAUGGUUGCAUUUCAACUGGUGACAAAAUAGGAAUGAUCGAGAUUGUGAAAGACGCCACAACAAUUGCCAAAAUUCAGCAAAGCACCGUGGGCAACACGGGAGCAUUUAAAGAUGAAGUCCUGAAUCACUGGCUCAAAGAAAAAUCCCCUACUGAAGAAAAGUUUCAGGCAGCAGUGGAGAGAUUUGUUUAUUCCUGUGCAGGCUACUGUGUGGCAACCUUUGUUCUUGGAAUAGGCGACAGACACAAUGACAAUAUUAUGAUCACAGAGACAGGAAACCUAUUUCAUAUUGACUUCGGGCACAUUCUUGGGAAUUACAAAAGUUUCCUGGGCAUUAAUAAAGAGAGAGUGCCAUUUGUGCUAACCCCUGACUUCCUCUUCGUCAUGGGAACUUCUGGAAAGAAGACAAGCCCACACUUCCAGAAAUUUCAGGACACCUGUGUUAAGGCUUAUCUAGCCCUUCGUCAUCACACAAGCCUACUGAUCAUCCUGUUCUCCAUGAUGCUGAUGACCGGAAUGCCCCAGUUAACAAGCAAAGAAGACAUUGAAUAUAUCCGGGAUGCCCUCACAGUGGGGAAAAGUGAGGAGGAUGCUAAAAAGUAUUUUCUUGAUCAGAUCGAAGUGUGCAGAGACAAAGGAUGGACUGUGCAGUUUAAUUGGUUUCUACAUCUUGUUCUUGGCAUCAAACAAGGAGAAAAACAUUCAGCCUAAUACUUUAGGCUAGAAUCAAAAACAAGUUAGUGUUCUAUGGUUUAAAUUAGCAUAGCAAUCAUCGAACUUGGAUUUCAAAUGCAAUACACAUUGUGAAAGCUGGCAUUCCAGAAGUAUAGCUCUUUUCCUACCUGAACUCUUCCCUGGAGAAAAGAUGUUGGCAUUGCUGGUUGUUUGGUUAAGCAAUGUCCAGUGCUAGGAUUAUUUGCAGGUUUGUUUUUUCUCAUUUGUCUGUGGUUUUGGAGUAUAUUCUCAGUUUAAACAGACUAAUGACUUCCUUAUUGUCCCUGAUAUUUUGACUGUCUUACUAUUGAGUGCUUCUGGAAAUUCUUUGGAAUAAUUGAUGACAUCCAUUUUCAUCUGGGUUUAGUCUCAAUUUUGGUUAUCUUUGUGUUCCUCAAGCUCUUUAAAGAAAAAGAUGUAAUCAUUGUAACCUUUGUCUCAUUCCUUAAAUGAUGCUUCCAAACAUCUCCUUAGUGUCUGCAGGUGUUAGUGGUGUGCUAAAAGCUAGGAAAGUGAGUUAGUCUUUUCAGUGUCUUUUGCAAUUAAAUUGUUUUAUCAUGUACAACUAAGACACACAAACACAACAGGGGAAAUCCAAACCACUGUGCCUUGACCUUCCUCUGCUGGUCUUGUUCCAGGGUUAUGAAUAUGAAAAAAUAGAGAUGAGACUUUUUGUGUCAACUCUGUCCACAAGAGUGAGUUAUCUAGUAUGAUUAGUAUAGCUUUCUCCUGCAUGGCAGCAGGAUGUAACUACAGGGCCCCUUUUAUGCCUGACAUUUCUUCCCUUCCUUUUUCCCUGCCUCCCUUUUUCAUCAAUUGCAAUGCUCCCACAACUCUUUACAGACUUGUGAAAUCUUCAAGAACACCUUUACUCUAGAACUCAAAAAUUAGUUGAAAAAGAAUUAUUUCUCAAAAAUUAUUAGAAUCUUAGGUACUUAUUUGUAAAGAUGUUUAGUGUUUUUUUUUUAAAGUGUCUUAUUAAAGGAGGCAUUCUAGAAAAUAUGAAUUAGUUUCCAAAUGCCUUAAUUUUAAACUUUGACCUGAACAGUUUCUUCUUUUUUUAAUGGAAGAAGAUAUUUGAUAUCUUAAAACUAUUCCAAGUUAGGAAGAACACUACUUGCCUUAUCCAUUUCCCAUUUAAAGGACUUUUAAACUUUGACACAUCCUUCAGAUUUCCUAAAAAUAAUUGAGAUAUCUUACUUUAAAAAUAUUUUCAUCUCUUAAAUAUCUUAUUUAUUGGAGGUAUUGUUUAACCUUAGAGAGACCAUUAAAUUAUUUAUAAAAUAUUGUGUAAUUACCUGUAGUUAAUACAUUACAUAGAAAAAAACUCUAUGUUAACAGUGUCUGUGUUUAAGUAUAAUCAGAUAUAAAUAUAUACUUAAUUUUUUAAUUUUAAAAAUAGAUACCUGUUUGAGGUAGUUCGGACUUUUUUUUUUUUUUUUUUUUUUUUAAUGUGUGCAAAAGCCCAGUGGUUCCUAAGCCUGGCUGCAAAGAAAAAUCCACAGGGACACUUUUUAAAAACACCCUUAUCAGCCUGGGCAACACAGUGAGACCCCAUCUCUUUAAACAAACAAACAAACAAAAUAGCUGGGUAUAGUGGUGUGUGCCUGUAGUCCCAGGUACUCGGGAGUCUGAGGCAGGAGGAUUGCCUGAGCCCAAGAGGUGGAAACUGCAGAGUCAUGAUCAUGUCCCUACACUCCAGACUGGAUGACAAAGCGAGACCCUGUCUCAAAAAAAAUAAAAAAUAAAAACACCCUUGCCUGAGCUCCAUUCCCAGGUUGUAAUUUAAUUACUGUGGGAUGAGGCCCAGACAUCAAUAUUUUUCUAGAUUCUUUAGGUGGUUCUAAUUCACAGCCAAAGCUGGAAGCCCUGCGUGGCCUUUGAAGGUCUAGAUGAUUCUUCUUCCUUGCCCUUUGAGCUUUUUCCCAUCUCACAGGCAUCUAGAAAAAAACUCCUCUUCUUUGGCAACCUGUCUGUCCUUUUAAAAUCACACUCUACCCGCCUGUACGGAGGACCAUGCCCUAUAAUGAAAUGUUUAUUCCUGUCUGUAAAUGGAGGAUAAACAUUUUGCGGCACUUCUGGACCAACUAUCCCCUACUCUUUUGAAGAAAGACAGGAAGAGUACUUUCUAAUUCAGAAGAGGAUGUUUUCACUAUUCUGAUAAACAAUAGCCAAGUUCAGACCUUGUACAGAUUCUUCUUUUUAUUUGAAUUGCUGAAAUAAUUUCUUGAUGAUGAAAAAAAGAUUAGAGAGGAAUAUAUUUAUAUUUAGCUUAUUGGCACAUGUGCAUACAUAUUUCCUCCUCAAAUGAACCAGUUCUUUCAUUAUGCCUAUAUAAAUAUAUAUAUAUAUAUAUACACACACACACACACAUAUAUAUAUAUAUAUAUAUCUCACAGUUGGGCUUGAUUCUUCCAUAUUCCAAAGAGGAUAAUUUCAGCUCUAUAAUCUUACAUAUAAAUAAAAAUCAUCUUUGUGGGCUUCCUUCCUUUACUGUUCCCAGUGAAUUACAUGACCAACAACUUCUAUACCUUUGAAAAUGUUCUAGAACUAGAAUCAUCCUGCUGCUGGGAACUACCCACAGCUCUAUCUUCGAUGCCAAAUGAAAACACAGAUCAAAAGUCAGAUGAAUCAGGCCAAAGCAACUUUUAUGUAUAUCUAGGACUGGCGACAUAAUUUGCAGAACCCGGUGAAAAAUGAAAAUGCAGGCCUGUCACUCAAAAAUUAUUAAGAAAUUCAAGAUGGUAACAACAGUUGUCACACCAAGCACAGUGCCCUUCUGAGCAUGAGGCUCUGUGUGACUGCAUGGGUCCAUGAGACCAGCACUGUGUGCGUCUGAAUGAUGGCUUUGGUGUUCAGUUUAGUACACAUGGUCUACCACGUCUGCAUGAGUGGUAAAUAUAGUGCCUGGGUCAAAAUGUUGCUUCUGUUCAAAUUGAAAUACCUCAUCUCUAUGGCUGUACAUUAGGACCUAGAACAGUGGCCCAUUGCCCUUAGACUGGAACCAUGUUCACUAAAAUAAACCUAAGUAAAUGUUGUAGACCUACCCCCAAAGGACUGCCUUUGACUGCUUCAGUGAUACUUUGAUGAAAGUAUGGGGAAGUGGAGACAUUAUAGAUAAAAUAUAUCAAUUCCCAGAGAAAACUCUUGACUUAAAAACUUAACUGUAGUAAAUAUAUCUUUCUCAGGUGAUUAAUUUUUUUAAAAAAGAUUACAUAUAGGAAUUCUGCAGUAUAAGUUGGAGGCUGUUAGUGCUCUAUUAAUGGAAAUUAAUUAUUUUUUAAGUAAGUCCAAAAAAUUAUCUAGAAAGUAAGUUUCCAGAACAAAUCUGACCUAGCAUUUGGUAUGCUAGGCUCUGCUUUUCAUGACUUUGAAAUAAAUUGAUAAUUAGACUUAACAAUAUAAAGAAAAUAAACUUGUAUUUUUAAGUGUU